UCUCAGCCGGCAGUGGGCGGGGCUUUGGCUGACGCGGCGUGUGGCACCGAGCGGCGCUGAGCGGAGCGGAGCGGAGCAGAGCGGAGAGGAGCGGGGGGCUCCCGCCGGGCACAAGAUGGCGGCCGCCGCGGCGGGGCUGCGCGCCUCGUACCACCGCCUGCUGGACCGCAUCGAGCUGGUGCUGCCGCCGCGCCUGCGGCCCUUCUACAACCACCCGGCGGGUCCCAAAACAGUGUUUUUCUGGGCACCUAUUAUGAAAUGGGGCUUGGUGUGUGCUGGAAUGGCUGAUAUGACCAGGCCAGCAGAAAAGCUCAGCACAGCCCAGUCUGCAGUGUUGAUGGCCACAGGCCUUAUUUGGUCAAGGUACUCUUUGGUUAUUAUUCCUAAAAAUUGGAGCCUGUUUGCUGUGAACUUCUUUGUUGGCUGUGCUGGUGGCUCUCAACUCUUCCGAAUAUGGAGGUAUAAUCAGGAGCUAAAAGCAAAACAACAAGAUCAGCUGCUGCAAAAAGAUGCUUAACCCUACAGGUCAAAUUCAGCAACGCACAAACCCUUCCCCAUGGGACCUAGCUUCACUAAUUUUAACCUUUUUUCCUCUGAGAAAAUGGAUGGGGAAAUCUAAAUGUCUCAAAAGCAAGUGUUUUCUAAGUGCAAAUAACAAAGUAUCUCCAUCCACUUAAAUAAAGUGCAACCUUUUAAAUUUAAGUAAAAUGCUAUGUCUUGUGUUAGGGAAGUUAUGUUGUCUCUUUAAAAGAAACUGGUUGUGGAUUGUGCCUUGAAUUGUUUGUUUGGCCCUGCCUUAUCUGACUCUGUUGAACACAUGUGGGAGUGACAUGGUAUCAGUGACUGUCAGCCAAAGUCCCAGACGGAAGUAAUUCUUUUCAAAUGUCAUGCUGAGACCCUGUGUGGGGUUAUACCAUAUGUUCAGUAGCCAGUGACAGUGACACCUGCAUUUUAUUCUCUGAUAUUCUUCCUUAGUAGUUUAAGGAUAUUCUUUUCGGGUUCAAGUUAUCUAUAUCUUGAUUUGUUUCUGGGCCACAGCCACCUUUAUCUAGAGGAGGGCAAGCCUAUACAUGCCAGUAGUAUGGGUUUUGGUUUGUUUUUUUGUUGUUGUUUUUUGUUUGUUUUUAAGCUUCUGUCAUCCCCUACAGCUAGAGGGCACAACUCGAUGGGCAUAUUUAAGUACCUGGUUCUUGGGAAUGUGAAAAAUAAAUAGCUAAAACAUC